AUGUUUUUUUUGAAAGAUUUGUCGUUGAACUUAACGUUACACCCAUCGUACUUUGGUCCUCAAAUGGAUAAGUUCUUGAGAGAUAAGUUGUUGAGUGACGUUGAGGGAACUUGUACAGGUCAAUUUGGAUACAUUGUGUGUGUUUUGGAUUGUAUGAAUAUCGACGUGGGAAAGGGUAGAAUAGUGCCAGGGUCUGGAAUGGCCGAGUUUGAAGUGAAAUACCGUGCUGUAGUAUGGAAACCGUUCAAAGGUGAAGUUGUAGACGCCGUGGUGACCACCGUGAACAAGAUGGGAUUCUUUGCAGAUGUAGGACCGUUGUCAGUGUUUGUCAGUACACAUUUGAUACCUUCAGAUAUGAGAUUCAACCCUUCAGCAAAUCCACCAGCUUACGUUAGUCCUGAUGAAAAUAUAGAAAAAGGCUCCAGAGUAAGAUUGAAGAUUGUUGGUACAAGAACCGAUGUGAAUGAGAUUUACGCUAUCGGAAGUAUUAAGGAAGAUUAUUUGGGACCAAGUCCAAUGUAA